GACACACCAACUCUUACUGCUGACUAAGAUACUCGCGACUCCCCAAGUUCAAACUCUCAUGACAUCAAUUUGGCGGAUAUUAUCCUCAGGACAUUAUGGUGCAUGGAGCCUCUCAUUGUUGAAGUUAUGAAGACAGAGCCUAUCUGCUCCAAGCAUGGCCACGGUGAACCAUGUGUCGGUGUCAUCGUUGACAAGAUCUUACAAUUAUGGGACAAGGCAGAAGAUCACCAGCAACAACUGCUAUCUCUAGCCAACGCAGUGUGCAGAACCUUGGAGGAUGACAAUUGCUUUGACGAGCGGCAGGACAAAAGCAAGCAUGUAUCUGAUAUUACAGUAGCCAUUCUUAAUGGACUACACUUGCCAGAUGUUUGUUUACAUCUUGGAAUCGUGUCUGAUACCAUGAGGCCAGAAACGAAAGCUUUUGUUUGCAAGUAUCAUGACCCUCUUGAUCUGAAGCCCAUGAGGCCAAUGGGCUGUGGUUGCAAAACAUGUUCACCUGGAGAACUUUGUGCAGAUCCAAGCAAGCUCGAGCACAUAUGCAAACAGUGCAGUUCUGCUGCUCUGAAGGACCCAUACUCAGCUGUUGUCAUACAUUGGCCAAUGAAGAUGGAAGUUCAGCAAUCACUGGCGGAAAUAUGGGAUGAUACUCUUCAACCUCUAAUGACAUUUCAGUACAACCAUGGCACAAUAUUUUACGGCUUAGCCGCAAUGAUAUGCUAUGUGGACAAUGAGCCCAUUGGCAUUGCUCGAUGUGAAAGUGGAUGGGUCAUGUUUGAUGCAUGCAGAGAAAUCAACAGGUGUGAAGGGCCCUGGGAGGAUUUGCUUGCUAUGUGCAGGGACGGCACUCCGGCAAUUCUAUUUUACAAGGUCAUCAAAUAG